AUGAUGAUGAUGAUGAUGACGACGACGAUGAUGGAGGACCGUUACGACGUUCUUGGGUGUAAAAGUCUGUUUAGCUCUGAGAUGCUAGCUGCGAGCGGCUAACCACUCAGGUAAACAAGCCCCGAACAUCUCACGAGAGACCACACGGAGCACAACACGUUCAGCAGUCGACUUGAGGCUUUAAACGAACUCGUGCGUCAACAAACGGAAUACCCGAGACUUCCAGAACCUGCUGAAAAUGAUGUAGCUAGCUAACUUUAGCCAGCUGCCUAGCGCGAUACUGCUCAAAAAAUGGACUGUGACGGGUUUGGAGUCUCUUGUCCUGUGUCUAGUCUGGAUUCACAGGAAGAUGCGAAAGAGCCAGAUCUGCACAGCUUCAGUCACACACACAUGAGGAAAGCCUUCCGGCUCAUGAAUGACUUGAGAAGCCGGAGGAUGCUUUGUGAUGUUCUGCUGGUGGCGGGUGAAGUGGAGGUGCCAGCACACAGAGUAGUUUUAGCGUCCUGCAGUCCUUACUUCUGUGCCAUGUUCACAGGUGACAUGAGUGAAAGCAAGGCUCAUCAUGUGGAGAUCAGGGAUGUUGAUGGACAGACGCUCUCGAAGCUGGUGGAUUACAUUUACACGGCUGAGAUUGAAGUGUCUGAGGAUAAUGUCCAGGUAUUGCUCCCAGCUGCCAGCCUGCUGCAGCUGAUGGAUGUUCGACAGGUUUGCUGUGACUUCCUGCAAACGCAGCUUCACCCUACCAACUGCCUGGGCAUCCGAGCGUUCGCUGACCUUCACGCCUGCACAGGACUGCUCAGCCUGGCCCACGCUUACGCCGAGCAGCACUUUACAGACGUCAUGCUGGGAGAAGAGUUCAUGGGCCUCUCCUUGCAGCAGGUGUGCAGUCUGAUCUCCAGCGACAAACUCACCGUGUCCACUGAAGAGAAGGUGUUUGAGGCCAUGAUCGCCUGGAUAAAGCACGAUAAAGAAGCCCGUCUGGAGCACAUGCCUAAGCUCAUGGAGCAUGUUCGACUGCCCCUGCUAUCCAGAGAUUACCUGGUUCAGAUUGUAGAGGAGGACCCCUUAAUAAAAAACAACAACACUUGUAAGGACUUCCUGAUCGAGGCGAUGAAGUACCAUCUUUUACCUGCAGACCAGCGGCACCUGAUAAAGACUGACAGAACCAGACCACGCACACCAAUCAGUUUGCCAAAGGUGAUGAUGGUCGUGGGGGGUCAGGCGCCUAAAGCCAUCCGCAGCGUGGAGUGCUAUGACUUUCAGGAGGACCGCUGGUACCAGGUGGCAGACUUACCAUCCAGACGCUGUCGAGCAGGUGUGGUGUUCAUGGCCGGUAAGGUGUAUGCGGUGGGGGGAUUUAACGGCUCCCUGCGCGUGCGGACGGUGGAUGUGUAUGAUGGGCUGAAGGACCAGUGGAGCUCUGUUCCCAGCAUGCAAGAGCGCCGCAGCACUUUAGGAGCCGCUGUGCUGGGGGACCUGCUGUACGCUGUCGGGGGCUUUGAUGGGAGCACAGGUCUGUCGUCAGUGGAGGCGUACAGCCCCAAAGCUAACGAGUGGAUGUUUGUGGCUCCCAUGAACACCAGGCGCAGCAGUGUUGGGGUCGGAGUGGUCGACGGAAAGCUUUAUGCUGUUGGAGGUUAUGACGGGGCGUCCCGGCAGUGUUUGAGUACUGUGGAGGAGUAUAACCCGGUCAGUAAUAAGUGGUGCUAUGUGACGGACAUGAGCACUAGACGCAGCGGAGCUGGUGUCGGCGUGCUCAAUGCACAGCUGUAUGCUGCAGGUGGACACGACGGUCCUCUGGUGAGGAAGAGUGUGGAGGUCUAUGAUCCUGCUUCUAAUACCUGGAGACAGGUGUGUGACAUGAACAUGUGCCGAAGGAACGCAGGAGUGUGUGCUAUAAACGGUUUGCUGUAUGUGAUCGGAGGAGACGACGGCUCGUGUAACCUGUCGUCUGUGGAGUACUACGACCCUGCUGUGGAUAAAUGGAGUCUCAUCCCCACCAACAUGAGCAACGGACGCAGCUACGCAGGGGUCUCAGUCAUUGACAAGCCUUUAUGACUAAAGCUUCUGGGCAGCAGGUGUCUUCGCACCUGUCCAGGACUGAGCUGUGACAGACACACAGUGAUUUAAGACAGAGUCCAGAUGCUGACAGGUGCUUGAAGAUCUCCAUCUCAGAUCCUGACUGCCUCACACACACACACACACACACACACACCAAGCCCUGACCUCUCCCAGUCUCCAGGAAGUGCCAUUUCGCCCUGUUAUUAACAGAGAGGCUGUGGUCACCCAGUGUAGUGUGUAUUAAGUGAGUCCUCUGCCAGGACAGAGUAUGUAUCUCUACUUGCUUUACUACUGACCGACAACACUCAGAAACAGGGUUACUUUAUGUUUUUAUGAAAAGUAUUAUGGGAGCAACCCCUGUAAGUUGUUUAAUUAAACCAGCUGCUUUCGUGCCAUAUAGUAGUGAGGAUGGUAAACCGAAACAUCAAGUCAAUCUCGGUAUGGUCACUUCAUUUUCAAAACAAGCAUCUUUCUAUGGAAUCCAUCGUGAGACGUGGAUCUGUGCGUGCAUGGACUUCUAUAGAAAUGACACGGUUUUUCCUGGUGGAAAUGACAGUAAAUGUGACCAUGCCGUUUAAUGUGCCAAGUGUCGCUCAUAACUCAUAUGGAUAAUACUGUAUGUUUGUUACUUGUACAUGAUGCAGUUUGGUGUGCAAUCGUCCAUGUUGGACACACAGAUCACGAUAACUCUCUCAGUAGAUGCAGUCACUGAAAUCACACUUGCUUGGUGUCUCUUCGGUAAAUUGCACUUGUCAUCUUUAUUCAGUAGAGGUGAUACUAUUGCAAUCGCAGGUCAAUUCCAAUAUAACACAGGUUCAUAUUUAACUGGCUCAUUUGGAUCUGUGGUCCAACAGAACUGGACUUUGGAAGACUCUUUUAUUAUUAAUAUUAUUAUUUUUUAAUAUUAAGCCUCAUUAUUGGGUUAUAAAGCUGCACAGUAGUUCACUGUAGACGUUCAUGUUUACAUUACUGAUCAUUGUGAAAUGAAAACUAAGUUUGUUGGUAAUGAAUAUGAAUUAUUAUUAACAAAACACUGCAAACAUUCCCAGAUCACAUAUACUUUCAUCUUCUCAUUCUCAUGAUGACCAACUGACCAACCGAUCUGAAAGUAAUACUAUGCAGUAAAACAAGGUUUUUGUUGUGCCCAGUGAUUCAGAGUUUAAUUUGAGCUAUGCCUGGUGUAACUGCUGCCAUUACAUUCGAUGUCUUUACUCUUUUAACACAUCAUCAUGAUCCACAACUCUAAAACUAGGACAUUCUAGUGUGCUGCAUCAUCUGUGGAUUAUGCACGAAUGUGGUUUGCGAACAAGGUAUUAAUGUAUUUCUAAACAAAAUAUAUGAAUAAAUUAAGCUUUGUAAAGGGAA